AUGGCAACUGACGAAGAAAAGUGUAAAUUGAACAAAUUAUUACAAGGAUUAGAAGUUUCGGAAGUUAAAUUGACGGAACGAUGCUCUGAUCUUGUCAAGACAUUCCAGCAAAGAUUUGGAGCCGAAGUCGAGGCCGAAAGUAGCCAGGAAUCUGAGAAAAUUUAUGACGAUUUGACAGACAACCCAUAUAAAGUUGACCCACAAUUACUUGAAGAGAAUGAAAAAAAGCUGCGAGAACUACUAAAUGAGAGCAAAAGGUACCUCAUGGUGGACAUACAACCGGGCAUACAAUCAGGAGUUCAGUAUAUAGUAGGAUCAAAGAAAGCAAAUUCCGAGAGCGUGCUGAUGACUUCUGCAGAUGAUAAAAGACCGUGGCGAACAAAUUCAAGCAAAGAAAAACUGUUUCGUGUCGAUAGCGAGCUGAAGCGACAUAUGAAAAAAUCCUCCCAGAUGAUCGUACCUUUACCUGAGCACGAGAUGCAACACCUCGUCAAGGAGUGCAGGGAGGAAGGUAGUGUGGCACCAGCUGUGGGAGCCAAUCGGCUUAGAGAAACUGUUGACGCUGCUAAGAAAAAUCUACCAAAUUUUCAGUACAAAAAAAUUUACAAUAGUACAGCUACUUCCAUUAUGCCUCAAGCUCAUACAGUUCAGACCCAACCAGCGCAACCCAAGGUUACUAACUAA